AUGUGGCUCUGGGUGUUUCUGCUCUACUCUGUGCUGCAGGAAUCUUCAGGCUGCACUGUAGAGCGAGGUUUGGGAGACACCAUCACCAGAUCUGCUGGAGAUUCUGUGGAGCUGCUGUGCUCCUGCACACAACAAACAAAGGAAGAUCCUCAGACAGUUCAGUGGGGAUUUAAGAGAAAGUUCACACCAGGCGACUACAGAGCUGAUCACUCAGUGUUUCCAGAGGACGGCAGUCAGAAUCGGCGCUACAGAGGCAGAGUUCAGAUACUGAAUCAGAAUAAACCAGGAACUGUAGCUCUAAUCAUCUCCCACCUCACUGAGGAAGAUGAAGGAGCGUAUCUGUGUGGGAACAACGGGAACUAUAACAGAGCCGUCACUCUCUACGUCAGAGGCUGUGCUGUGCUGGAUCAGUGGAGUAGAACGUUCUCCAGAUCUCCAGGAGAGUCUGUUCUGCUGCCAUGUCCCUGUCCUGGAGAACAGAAGAUCAACCCUGACAGAGUCACAUGGACUAAAGAUCAGACUGCAGUGUCUAAUGAUACAGAAUCCUACAGAGGCAGAGUCUGGAUGUUCAACCAGAACCAUUCCAGAAAUUUCUCUCUCCUCAUCUCAGAUCUGACUAAAGAGGACUCUGGACUCUACACCUGCAGAGCUGAUGAGAAAGACAUGCAAUCUGUCCAGCUAGAGGUCACAGGCUGCACUCUGUCAGAGAAUAAACAGACUGUUCCAGUCAGUAGAUCCUCAGGGGAGUCUGUUCUUCUGUCCUGCACCUGCACUGACCAGCAGGACAGACCUGUGGGAGUUCAGUGGAGAACACCAAACCGUGAAGAUCUCCUUCAGCGCUACAGCGGCCGAGUUCAGACAUUUAACCAGAGCUCUACAGGAAAGUUCUCUGUACUGAUCUCAGACCUGACUGAAGAGGACGGAGGAACAUAUUCAUGCUGGAUAAACCAGAAUCAGUACAGGAACUUCAGCCUCACUGUUAAAGGCUGUACACUCUCAGAGACUGAGGAGAAACUGAUUAUUAGAUCUCCAGGAGAUUCUGUUCUCCUGCCCUGCUCCUGCACUGACCAAUACACCAAACCUGUAAGUGUGAAAUGGGAGCGUGUAGACUCAGGAGGGACUGAGGUAUCCAAUGAGAUGGAGCUCUACACCAGCAGAGUCCAGAUGUUUAAUAAGAACCUUCCAGCAAAUCUCUCUCUACUGAUCUCCAACCUGACUGAACAAGACCAGGGAACAUACAGAUGUUCAAUCAACAACAAACAAUCCAUCAACAUCACACUUAACAUUAACGGCUGCACACUGUCAGAGACUCAGGAGAAACUGUUGAUCAGAUCUCCAGGACAGUCUGUUCUCCUGCCCUGCUCCUGCACAGACCAACACACCAAACCUGUAAGUGUGAAAUGGGGGCGUGUAGACUCAGGAGGGAUUGAGGUAUCCAAUGAGAUGGCAAACUACACAGGUAGAGUCCAGAUGUUUAAUAAGAACCUUCCAGCAAAUCUCUCUCUACUGAUCUCCAACCUGACUGAACAAGACCAGGGAACAUACAGAUGUUCAAUCAACAACCAGCAGUCCAUCAACAUCAGACUCAGCAUUGAAGCAGAGAAGAGAGAAAUCACAGGUUCCUUUGUCAUCAUUUUGUGUGUCUGCGUCACUCUGCUGUUUAUUGUAGUGAUCGGCGGAUCAGCACUGAUCUUCUACAAACGGAGAAACAAUAAGACACAAGAGUCUGUGUACAUAAAUACUGAGAGGAGAACACAGAACACAGAUGAUGGUGAUUCUAUAAAUUAUCCUUCAAGAAACUGGAAGGAGAUCAGCAUGCCUCCAAUCAAUCAGUGCCUGGACUCAGGAACUGACCAAUCAGAUUCAGUCUACCAGAACAUGACGUUCAACACAAACCAAUCAUACCUAAAUCCCUACACCAUCAAGUGUCAAUCUACAACAAAUUGAGACUGUAACACCAAAAAAUCAAAGACCUGGGGUGUCCAAUGUUAUCCACACAACGUCAGGCGAAUUCUAGAGUGUUCCAAAUGUCAUUUUUCAGAAUUAAAUUCUGUCUUUGUGGUGAAUAGUUAGUUUUUGCAUAUAUCCAAAUGUAUUUUAAACGGUUUUAUUAUUGAAUCUUAUUAUAGUGCCCUUUAUUCAGUUUAAAAAAGAAAACAAACUUUUUGAAAAGUAAUUUUUGAAAAUGAGGUCCUUUCUGCACAUUCAUAUCAAAUUGCUAUUCAGUGAAAUAUUCAUGAAACAAAAACUAAAGAGAUCUGGUUGUGUUCAGGUUGGAGGUCUGUGCAGGAGUCCCGCUCCUGCCCAAAGUCACAAAUAUUUGUCCCACUCAAAAACAUCUGUUUUGCUGUGAGACCUACAUGGGGGACAUGGAUAAAAUGGGGCAGGGUCUGUUCUUUAAGUACUCCACCAAAACGAAAAUCAAGACUUUCCAUGUUGCUCAUGCCAUUCAGAUACAGUAUGUGUGAAGCAGGCCUAUGAGUAUUUGUAGAAAUUCAAAUGAAUGACUGCAUUCAUUUGAAUUGCUUUACUGUGAUCAUUUCAUACUGUUUACAUAUAUGAUUUACUGAUUGUUGUACGUUAUUUAGGCUAUUCAUUUAUUUGUGUGAUUUCUCUUAAUGUCUGCUUUCACCCGCUCCCGCCUGCAGUGGGCAGGUUUCCCGCCCGCCCCACAAGUUACUGUGGCCCGUCUUGCGGGAAUCUGCAAGUCUUUUUCAGUCUCUAGCCCUCUAGAGCUAUUUAAUUUUGUCAACUUGUUCAGACCCCAGAAUUAAGGUAACAUAAAGUCAGUCAAGCGUAUUAUGUUAUUUGAAGCAAACGUGUUUUUUUCUAAGGCUACAUUUACACAGCAGGUAAAAUUGGCCUAGAUCUGAUUUUCUCACCAAAUCUGAUUUUUGUUUUUGUUUGUUUGGCUGUUCACAUUAUCUUUCAAAUGUGAUCUGCAUGCCACAU